UAAGAGGAAGGGAUAAAGGGGGUGAAGAUGAGCAUCAAUGGAGGCAAGUUUGUACAAAAAGAGACAUAGCUUUUGGCUUUUGGCUCAAAGGAGUCCAAGGUGCAACUUUCUUCAGUUGUCCCGAAUUCGGGUUCAUCACACAGACACCACACCUCCACCAUGACAGCCCAGCAAGAUCAAAGUCUUAUACCUGGGGUGCAUCCCUGGGGAAGUCAGUGCCACCUCUGUCCUGGCCCCCAAGAUCGGCCCCCUGGGUCUGUCUCCAAAAAAGGUUGGUGAUGACAUCACCAAGGCAACUGGUGAUUGGAAGGGUCUGAGGAUUACAGUGAAACUGACCACUCAGAAGAGACAGGCCCAGACUGAGGUGGAACCUCUUGCCUCUGUCCUGAUCAUCAAAGCCCUCAAGGAACCACAAAGAGACAGAAAAAAGCAGAAACACAUGAAGCACAGUGGACGCUUCACUUUUGAUGAGAUUGUCAGCAUUGCCGGACAAGUGCGGUGCCCGUCCUUAGCUAGAGAACUCUCUGGAACCACUAAAGAGAUCCCGGGGACUGGCCAGUCUGUGGGCUGCAAUGUUGAUGGCCACCACCCUCACAGCAUCAAAGGUGACAUCAACAGCGGUGUGGUGGAAAGCCCAGUGAAUUAA